AUGAAACUGAAAAUAAUAUGUUUGUUUUUUGCUUAUUUAAAAUCUAGUAAAAGCAUUUAUGAAGAUUUAUUGAGCAUUGUUAAACAGAAAAUUAAAACUAAAGACUAUUAUUUAAUUGAUUUAGAGAAAAAAUACUGCGUCUUUGACACCUGUCUUAACCCCAGGGGAAUUUAUUUUUGGGAAUGUAAACUAGAUGCAUCUAAUCCCUAUUAUAAUUUUCUCAACUUUGAUAAGGCUAAGUAUAAUACAGCAGAUGAAAUAAUUCAAGCAAUUUGUGAUUUUUAUCUUUCAGAAAAUUUAAAUAUAUCAAAAAAAUCGGAGAUUUUUUAUAAGAUAAGGUUUGCAUCAGUAUUUGAUCAUGAUAUUAGGUUAAAGCUUGAGAAUUUUUUUUAUAAUAGGUUUGAACCCGAUUUUUUUGCUAGAUUAUAUGAUAGUAACGAACAAAAGCAAAUAAGAGAGCUUUGUUUAUUUUUUUCUCGAAGUAGAACGAUAGAUCUUGACUUUUGCUUUUCUGUUGAAGAAUGUUCUUCUGAAGACAGUAUCCAAUGCUUUGAAGAAGAAAACAAGAAACAAAUUUCUUUUCCUGUAAAAUUAAGAAAUUUAGUGCUUUAUUUUAAAAUUGACGUUAAAGAUUUAUACACUGUAGAAGAACAAUAUACAAGUGAAUUAAUAAAGUUACAUAAAAAUAACAGUAAAAACAAUAACAGUACAGAUAUAUGCACUUUAAUGUGUAAAAUUUUUACAUUUUCUGAUUUUCUGUUACAUUCUAAAUUAUUAAAUGAUGUAAACAACGAUGAGAAAAAACUACCGGGCAGUUUUUGCUAUAUAAUUUUGAGAAGAUUUUUUUCUAAUGUUAUAUUUUUAGAAAAAGUUAUAUCUUUUGGAACUUAG